AUGAAUGUCAGAAAAUUAAUGGACUCCAUAACUACUACUAGUCAUCAACCACAUAUUGUUGGAUCCAUUUUGUUGGCCCUUUCAAAUUUGAUUCACAAUGUUCCAACUAGUGUGAUUUUGAGUGAAGUGAAAAAUAUUUUCCCAAUAGUUCUGAAAUUCUUAGAAAUGCGUCCUUCCUUGGCACAAGAUGAAGCUCAAACCGAGGAAUUAAUUUACGCUGCCAUUAAGACAACAUUAACCUUGUUGACAGAUGCAAAACAGGAAAUGGCUGUACAUUUGAGUGCCAUUGUGCCAAUACUUUUGGAAACUGCGAAGUAUCAACGGUCACAAAAUAUUCGAGUGCUGUCGUUGGAGGCGCUUCAUGAAAUUACUAUUGGGUUUCCUUAUCAUGAAAUAUUUCCACUUAAGAAGGAGAUUAUUAGAGGUUUAGAGUCUUGUUUGGAUGACAAGAAGAGACGAGUGAGAAGAGCUGCAGUGAAAUGUAGGAAUGCUUAUUUUGUCAUGUCAAAGAAUUGA